GGCACUAGAGAAUGGUUGUAGAAGCACUAGAAAAGAAACUCUAUGAUGCUGCAUCUAAAGGGGAUGAAGCAACAUUUUCACAACUUCUCCCACAAGAUCCAUAUCUUGUUGAAACACUUUCAUUUCCAUCUUCAAUAAAUAUUCUCCACAUAGCAACAAUGCAUGGACAUAUAUCCAUGGUUGAAGAAGUGCUUAAGUUUAAUCCGAGGCUAGUGCGGAUUUCCGUCUCUCAAAAAUCAUCGCCUCUCCACAUUGCAGCAGAAGCAGGGCACGUAGAGAUUGCCUCGAAAUUGCUAAGGGUAGCCCCGCAGAUGUGCUGGUUGCGCGACGACCAAGGCAUGAACCCGAUUCAUCUUGCAGCCAUGAACGGGCAUGUCGAGAUUGUACAACAUAUCCUUCACGAGAGUUGUUUGCCUGCGAUGGAGAGACUGGAUCGCGGGCAGACUGUGCUGCAUUUGUGUGUGAAGCAUGGUCAGCUUAGGGUUUUGGAAGUUUUGGGAGAGCUUGUGUGUGCAAAGGAUGAUGAUGGGGAGACAUUAUUACAUUUGGCUGUUGUGAGACUAUAAAAUACUUGGUGGACAAGAAAAGCAUAGAGAAGCAUCACGAAACUCUAUGGGCAAAACAGCCCUCCAAAUCUUGAACGAGAGUCCUCCAAGAACCAUCAGCGCCGCCACAUACUCAAAGAUGAG